CUGCCCAUGUUAGUUUGGAGAAAGUAAAGUUUUUAUCUUUAUCAAAGAUUGUAUCCAAGAUGGGCAGAGAGGUGAUAAAGUAAUAUUUUCAACUUGUAAAAAAAUGAAAAUAAAAAACAAAAUUUUUUCUCCCAUUAUCCCAAAAAUCAAAACUUUGUCAUGGAUUGGUAGUUUCUAUUCUUUACUCAACAGAAUUUUUCUAUAAUAAUAAUGAAAAAGGGUUCCUUCCCUCUCAAAGGAUUGCUUGUUUUGUUGAGCUUAAAGCUUAGGUUUUUGCUCUCUCUGAAAUCCAAUUCGCCAAUAUUACGGCGCCUGUCGCUUUCUUCCAAAGUCACUCAGCCACUGCCACCCCCACCUUAUCCUCUCUCUCUCUCUCUCUCUCUCUCUCUCUCUCUCUCUCUCUCUCUCUCUCUCUCUCUCUCUCUCUCUCUCUCCAAGUGGGUCUCCAUUAUUAUGUAUAUUAUAUUAUAUAUAUGCAUAUUUGUUUAUGAAUUUGUUUAAUACAAUAAUGGGAGGUUAUAUAAAAGGUAUAGCCUCUUUGGUGUGAGGGCUUUAAGCCCCUUUCCUCUUUGAAGAUUGAGACAAAAUAAUUGGGACUAAGGCCCAUUCUUCCCAAAUCAGGAAACUUCUUUCAUUAGCCUUGCUUUCUCUGCAAAUCUCUCUCUCUCUCUCCCACACUCAUGGAAGGCACGACCAAUGAACGUCUUGAUUUUGGGAAGAUGGGUUACGGAUGCCAGCACUAUAGAAGGAGAUGUCAGAUUCGAGCUCCGUGCUGCAACGAGAUCUACCCAUGUCGUCAUUGUCAUAACGAGGCUACGAGCAUUUUAAAGAACCCCUUUGAUCGACAUGAGCUGGUUCGGAACGAUGUUAAAGAAGUUGUCUGUUCAGUUUGUGAUACAGAACAACCGGCUAAUCAAACUUGUACCAACUGUGGGGUCAACAUGGGGGAGUAUUUCUGUGAUAUAUGCAAGUUUUAUGAUGAUGAUACUGAUAAGGCUCAAUUUCAUUGUGAUGAUUGUGGAAUCUGCAGAGUUGGUGGCCGUGAGAAUUUCUUUCACUGCAAAAAGUGUGGGUCUUGCUAUUCUAUUGGUCUGCUCGAUAAUCACCGGUGCGUGGAGAAUUCCAUGAGGCACCAUUGCCCCAUAUGCUAUGAGUAUCUUUUUGAUUCCCUGAAAGACACAACCGUUAUGAAAUGUGGCCACACAAUGCAUUGUGAAUGUUACAGUGAAUUGGUAAAGCGCGGAAAAUAUUGUUGCCCCAUAUGCUUCAAGUCCAUAGUUGACAUGACCAAAACUUGGAAGAGAAUAGACGAAGAGAUUGAAGAGACCAUCAUGCCUGAAGAUUAUCGCUCUAGAAAGGUUUGGAUCUUAUGUAAUGACUGCAAUGACACUACUGAAGUUUACUUCCACAUAGUUGGCCAGAAAUGCAGCCACUGCAAAUCAUAUAAUACCCGAACAAUCGCUCCUCCGGUUCUUCCACAAUGAUCUUGCUGAUUGGAUUACCUGUAAAAUGGAAGGGUGAUUUUGAAGGCAUUCUUAUCUUUUCAAACCUCAACCUCAACCUCAGCUGAAUCUGUACUAUUAUUUGCAUUGCAUUUUAUACAAACACUAUUGAAAACAUUAAUUCCCUCAAACCUGGCUCCUUUCUUUUUUUUUUUACUCAAUCUUUCUUCCUCCAAUUUAUGGGGUGAAAAACCCAAGUAAAAGUAUCUUGGGUUGAUGUAAACAUAAUCAUAUACAUGUUGAAAUUAAAGGGGAAAAGUUCUUCCCUGUUAUGGACCAAAGGAAAAGAAAAAAGGUAUUGUGUUGAUUGGUUUCAGCCAUUUAUCUGA